UCAUUAAGAAAAGAAUGCACAUUAAAAUGUCCAUCGAGAUCUUAACAUUUGAAAAUACAUUGAUAUUGAAGUUUCUCAUUUGAAGUGUAUCAUAAUGUUUGACAGGCUGAUUUGAAUAAUUGCGCUUACUGCUGAAAAUGUUUGACAUCGUUUGUCACUUUAUUUUUGAAAGCCGGCUGCCAGGUGACGUCAUGUCCCUGCGACUGUUUACGUGCGACGUGCCAUCAUGGCCCCGUUUCCAGCGUCUGCAGAAACUGCGAGUGAUAACCCUUAAAACGUUGACGCUUCGUCCAAAGAAAGAGGACAUUGUCAAGGCCGGGCGUGUGAGCAAGCUGGUGAAUGGAUGCAGAGAUGUGCUGGUCUUGUUCCACCAGGGGCAGCUUCAUGCUAUGGACACACGCUGCUACCAUUCAGGUGGUGCAUUACAGUAUGGAGACAUUGAGGAGUUUAAUGGACAACUGUGCAUUGUGUGUCCGUGGCACAAGUACAAGAUCACACUAGCAGAGGGGGAAGGGCUUUACCAAGCUGUGGAGGAUCCUACAGCCAAACCCCUGAGAACUCAUUGGCGCUCCAAGGGCGUCAAACAGAGGAUUCACAAGGUCACUGAGGUCAACGGGGAAGUUUAUGUAACGCUUAAUGACUCCAUAGAGGCCAUUGAGUCUGACGUCUACCAAACAGAGACAUACAGGAGUGUCUCACUAAAGGCCCAGUCAAAACCAAAGCCCAGAAAAUAGCCAGAUACAGAAGGAUUCUGUGAUUAUACAAUCAAACAUACUUGGAUUUUUCAGGGACAAUCUGGGAAGCUUUGUUUUACUGGGAAACAUCAAAAGCUUCAAGAGGAGGAUGCGCAGUACAUCUAUUGUUUUAAUGUGGCAUGUUGUUGCAAGAUCAAAAAACAAUACCGCAAACAACGAAUUCAGUAAAUAUUUCAUUUACAAAUGUCUGGCAUUCAUGACCUUAUUCAAAAACAUUUAGUUUUGCUACAGAAUAUUGGGCUUUAUUGUGAUUAAAUACAUUUAAAAUGUUUAUAUUUUAUGUCACCACAGAUCCGUUUUUAUAGUUCCUUCCUGCAAAUUGUUGUGGUUAAGUUUUCUGGUUAUGCUAAACCUGUGAUUUAAACACCAUCGAGUGGUGCGGUGACUGCUUAACUGGUUUAUGGUGAUUAUCUUGUUCCAUCUUAUCUAAUGUUAGAAUUUUCCUGCCUUUCACUGAACAGAUAAAUCUGAUAGUACA